AUGGACAGCAUCCUCGGCCCGAUCCAGGACGCAUUCGAAGGUCAAAUCGACUUUCACGGCCAACAGCUCGCCGAAACCCUCUCAACAGUUCUCCUCAUAAUUUCCGGGAUUACCGCCUUCAUCGUCGGCUACAUCCAACAAGACAUCUACCUAACACUCUGGGUCGGACUUGCGGGUACUGCCUUCACAGGACUCGUCGUUAUUCCUCCGUGGCCGUUCUACAAUCGGAAUCCGGAGAAGUGGCUCAAUUCGACAGGAAAUUUAAAGAAUACGUCUGCGGCGGCGGCUAUCAAUGUGCCUGGGAUUGUCGUCAAUGGGGUCAAGGUUGGAUAA